AUGAUAAAUUUCCUCAAGGGUCAUCCGAGCAGAGCCAUCAUUCCAGUCAAGGAGAUUGCAAAUGCUUACAACAGGGUCUUACUAGACAGCGACUAUCUCUCAUACGAUACUGAUCCAAAUAAUCAGCAUCCAUUAGCAUACGGCACCGAUCCUGGAAACUUGGACGUCAGGACUACCAUAGCCAAUUGGAUCAAUGACAAAUAUAAUAUCACAUCAACUACGGCUGAUUUGAUAAACCUAACUGCUGGUGCAUCUUAUGGGGUUGCCAACAUCUUGGCAUCAACUACAACCCCACAGCUUACGAAAAAGGCAUUUGUUGUUACGCCAACGUACUUUUUGAUCAAUAAUGUAUUUGUGGAUGCUGGUUUGGGAGAUGAGUUGAUUGCCAUAAAUGAAACAUUACUGGGAGAAUACGAGCUCGAUUUGGAGAAACUUGAAUCCGAGUUGAAGAAGUAUGGCGAAGUUGGGGUUGAGAACAUUGUACAAGAUCCUCGAGGUGAACGCAAAAUUUACCAAUUUGUGAUGUACCUCGUUCCCACAUUUUCAAACCCCGGUGGAGUGACAUACUCUUUACGGACUCGAGAGAAAUUGCUACAAUUGGCGAGACAAUACGACAUGUUGCUCAUUAGUGAUGAUGUGUAUGAGUUUUUAGACUAUUCUUCACCAUCAACAAUCCCACCACCACCAGCUGCAAAGAUUAAUCAAAUUGAUCAAGAGACAGUAUCGUCCAAAUACGGGAACUCGAUUUCCAACGCCACAUUUUCCAAGAUUAUCGCACCGGGUUUACGUGUUGGUUGGCAAGAGUCAGCUACUCCGGCAUUAGUCCAACAAUUGAGCAUCACUGGUGCUAACAAGUCAGGAGGCACGCCUUCGCAAUUGUCGACUUUGGUCGUUGCCAACUUGAUUGAAUCGGGUAAGUUGGACACAAUCAUCACCAAUUUCAAGUCCAUCUACGCUGAAAGAGCUCAGGUGUUGAAAAAAAGUGUUGAGAAGUAUUUGCCACCGCAAACACAAGUUUAUGGCGGUGAUGGAGGAUAUUUCCUUUGGGUCAGAUUACCAAAUGGCAUCGAUAACCGUGCCGUGAUUGGGAAAUUGGCCACCAAAGGAGUCGUAAUCCCUAGUGGUGAAGGGUUUGAGGUGCUGGGGCCACAAAAUAGACAGCAUUGGGGUGAUCAUUGUGUUCGAUUGAGUAUUAGUUACUUGACCUCGGAGGAAAUUGAAGAGGGGGUCAAGAUAUGGGGAGAGACUAUUGCUGAAUUGUCAAAGAAAUAG